AACAGGCCUCUCUGGGUUGCUGUUCAUUGAAUGAUGUGGCAUGCCGAAUUAUGACUCGUGUUAUUGGCCACUACCCUCACCGCAAGCAGAUGCUUAUUGACUGUGGCUUCACUGCUUUAACCAAGCAAGGACUAAAUGCUAAUAAAAUUGUUUCUGGAUAUGCUGUAUUUGAAUAUCAUCCACAUCUCAAACUAAUUGAAUUGACUCAGGAAGUUGGCAAAGUUGAAGCUGUUGAUGAUGCUCUUGAUGUCAAUAGAUAUCCAAUAGGAACUGUGCUUUUCUUGUACCCUUAUCAAGCCUGUGCAGCAGCAGCUCUUCACCCAGUUUAUUAUAUUCACAAAGAUGAUGUCGUGCAGGAGGAGUGGAGACCUGUUCGUGGAUGGUAGACCCAAAGGAUAAUCUGUACUUGUUGCUGGAGAAACAUCCAUGAAGAGAAAUUUGUGUUUUAUGUUUGUUAGUAGUAGUGAAGAGACAUUGCAAAACUUUGAAGAUUUAAUUAAGAUGUAUGGGCAGCUCAGUGAAUACUUUUCAGGCAGC